CAGCGGUCGGAUUAUAUUUACGUUUUGUACGCACUUAAACAGCCAAUAGGCAAAUGGCCUUAUUUCGGUCUAUACUGAGAAGUAGCGCACAUUUUAGAAUCAAAAAAGUUUCUUCCGUAACUAUGUGUUCAAAUCCUCUUAACCUCAACACUUUAGAUAAAUUUAGGAAUGAUUUCUACUCAAACCCCAAGAAUGAGUUGGCUCAGAAUGCUUGUACCAGAUUUGAUCCAUUUGAAGUUGCAAUCAGCAAAAAGCGGACAGACAGAUCAUUGCAUGUUUACAACAUUAAGAUUGAAUCUGAGGGAAAGCCGGUGACAAACCAAGAAGCCACUGGACGGUGCUGGCUGUUUGCUGCACUUAACGUGAUGAGGUUGCCAUUUAUGAAGAAGUAUGGUUUAGAAGAAUUUGAAUUUUCACAAAGUUACCUUUUCUUUUGGGAUAAGAUUGAGCGGUCACACUACUGGCUGAACAAUAUUGUCAACACUGCGAAACAGGGCGAAAAGUUAGAUGGACGUCUAGUCAACUUUUUACUUAAGGAUCCAAUAAACGAUGGAGGCCAAUGGGAUAUGAUAGUAAAUCUAGUCAACAAAUAUGGACUUAUGCCCAAGAAAUGCUUCCCAGAGACCUUUAGUUCAAGAAAAAGUUUACACAUGAAUGCACUUAUUAAAACUAAGUUGCGAGAAUUUGCCAAAGAGUUACGCAGCAAAGUUGAUUCGAAUGCCUCAGACGAUGACAUUCAAAGCACCAUAGACAAGCAGAUAGCUGUUAUUUACAAUAUUGUUGCUACAUGUUUAGGUAUACCACCAGAAAAGUUCACAUUCGAAUUCUACAACAAAGAAAAAGUUUACAAUACAUUUGGAUCGCUCACGCCUCAACAGUUCCAUGAAAAACAUGUCCGUCCACUUUUUAAUGUUGAUGAUAAGGUGUGCCUUGUAAGCGACCCGCGCCAGUCCAACCCGUUCGGGAAGCUGUACACGUUGGAGUGCCUCGGCAACGUGGUCGGCGGCAGACAAACUGCCUAUAAUAACCAGCCUAUUGAGACACUUAUCAAAGUAGUGAAGGACAGUAUAGAAGGCGGGGAAGCGGUGUGGUUUGGUAGCGAAGUCUCUAAACGUUUCGAGAGGAAAAAUGGACUAGAGGACCUCGAUGCGCACGACUUCCGCCUGGUGUUCAACACGGAGGUCCAGGUCGGACUGGACAAGGCGGACCGUCUGCUGUACGGCGACUCGUGUAUGACGCACGCGAUGGUAUUCACCGCCGUCGGGACAGACGAAAAAGGCAACCCUGUGAAGUUCCGCGUAGAGAACUCGUACAGCGAUAAAGACUACGACAAGGGGUACCUUCUGCUCACCGAGCCGUGGUUCAGGGAGUUUGUGUUCGAGGUGGUUGUAGAUAAGAAGCAUGUCCCCGAGGAGGUUAUGAGCGUUUUCAAACAGGAAGCCAAAGUCCUCCCCGCCUGGGACCCGAUGGGCACCCUCGCCUGCCCGCUCUGCUCUGAGGAAUAACAUCUGAUUAUACCACAAAUGUGUUCAUUUAUUAAAAUAUACACUAGUUAUACUAUAGUAUGAGUGCCGACAAUUUAUCCACACGCCAAGUGUCAGGUCUUUCGUCUAGCAAAGGUUGCCAAAUGUGAGAUUUACUAUGUUUACUUAUUCGAUUGCUAGAAUCUUACUACGACUUUAUUUAAAUAAUUAAAUCGUAUAAUAAUUAAUUUUGGGUAAAAUAUGCUACUUUUUAUCCCAGAAAAAAAAUGCUUUGAGAAUCAAGCUCAUUCUUUUCAGUAAAGAUUACUACACAAUAUUUAAUUUCGAUUAAAAUCGUAUGAAGCUGGUGAUAUUCAGUAAAAAAAUGGUUACAACACUAGUAUUAAAAAAAAAAA